UCAAAUGUCCGGCUUGGGGAAGCUACGCGUGGCUGUUAUAGGGGCCGGUGCUGCGGGAUUGUGCGCGGCCCGUCAUCUUCUCUCUCGCCCUGACACUUUUGCGCCACCUGUAGUGUAUGAACUCACCAAGAACAUUGGAGGAACCUGGGUCUACGAGGAAAGAGUGGGAUAUUACGACGAUGGCUUACCCAUUCACAGCAGCAUGUACAGGGACUUAAGAACCAAUAUUCCGAAGGAGGUGAUGUCUUUCCCCGAUUUUCCUUUUGCAAAGCAUCUCCCCUCUUUUGUCCAUCACACCGAAGUGAGGAAAUAUCUUGAGCAGUAUUGUCAUCAUUUUCGCCUGUGGGACCACAUAAAGUUUGGCACCAUGGUGGCCUCAGUGACUCCAGAGGAAGUAAAGGAUGGUUGGAAUGGGAUGGCUUGGAAUGUCACCACGAAUGAUGGCCUAGACCACAGCAAAUCCACAACGGAGAGAUUUGAUGCCGUAAUGGUGUGUAAUGGUCAUUUUUAUGACCCCUACAUCCCUGCUAUUCCUGGACUGGAAAAAUACAAAGGGACCCUGAUGCACAGUCAUGAUUACCGAAAUGCUGAACCUUUUGUGGGAAAAUCUGUGGUCGUCCUGGGAGCUGGUCUCUCUGGGCUGGAUAUUGCAAUGGAGCUCUCCAAUGUUGAUGCUAAGGUGUUUCUCAGUCAUGGACAGCGCCCUUUGACAUGCCCUCUUCCUUCAGGAGUCCAGCAGGCUCCUCCAGUAAAGUCUGUGCUAGAUGAUGGCUCUCUAGAGUUCAAAGAUGGGAAGAGGGCCAAGCCAGAGGUGUUCCUAAUGUGUACAGGCUACAACUUCACCUUUCCUUUUCUGGACGAGAAAGUGGGUGUAAGAGUCCAGGAGCACUUAGUCUGGCCACUUUACAAGUUCCUAAUACCUCCGGCCUACCCAUCACUCUUUAUAGUGGGCAUCUGCAGGGCCAUAUGCCCUUUCCCACAUUUCCACAUUCAGUCUCAGUUUGUCAUGUCAGUGUUAGAUGGUUCAUUCACCCUUCCAACACGCGAGGAGAUGGAGAAGGACAUCGAUUUGGACAUUGCCGCCCGUCGUGCCCGUGGGAUUGCCACCCGCCAUAUCCUUAAACUGGACUCUGAGCAAUGGGCCUAUAAUGACGAGCUCGCCCAACUUGGAGGUUUCCAGCCCCUCCCUCGUUAUUGGAGCAACCUGUAUGAAUCCAACAAGGUGUUUCGUGCCCGAGACAUGCUUAAUUACAAGACCAAUAAAUUCACUGUCCUCAAUAACACAGAGUGGAUGGUGCACAAUUUGCAUGGCCAGCAGUUAGAGAAGCCUCUGGCUGUUAAAAAGCAAAUUUAAGCUGUGAUUAAAAAAUACUCAUUGUCAUUAUGGUGCUAACAGGCAUGUGCCAAUGUAGCAUGUAAUAUUAGCAUAUAACAAAUUCAUCAGUAUUGUUCUUGUUUUACAUUUUUUAAGAUGUAAAACCAUACUAUUCUAUUUUUAUAACAAAGUUUCUCAAUUAAAAUAUCUAAAUGAAAUAUUGUACAAUUAUAAUCCUGUUAUUGGUAACAGGCACUCACUAAGUGUAGAAUAAGCUGCUUGUACAAUAAAUCCUUUAUUAAAUAAUAAA